GGGGGCGGAGGCCCAGGAAGUGACGGCCCGGCCGGUGGUCCUUCUGGAGUCGGUGUAGUUCGCGGCGCCACCUGUGCGGCCUCCGCGUUCCUGGGCGAUGGAGAAUGGAGCGGUGUACGGCCCCACCACUGAGGAGAACCCGGGCCCUGCCAGGGGCGGCCGGAGCGGCCUGGCCGCCUACUUCUCUCUAGGCCGGCUUCGGUUGCAUCGGCGCCUGUUCAAAGUCUUGCAGCUGUUGCUGUCUCUGCUGGCCUUCGUCUGCGAGGAAGUCGUGUCACAAUGCACUUUGUGUGGAGGACUUUACUUUUUUGAAUUUGUGAGCUGCAGUGCCUUUCUCCUGAGUCUCCUCAUUCUGAUUGUGUACUGCACUCCAGUUUAUGACAGAGUCGAUGCUGUCAAAGUCAAGUCAUCGGAUUUCUAUAUUACUUUGGGCACAGGAUGUGUGUUUUUGUUGGCAUCCAUCAUUUUCGUUUCCACACAUGACAGGACCCCAGCUGAGACAGCUGCCACUGUGUUUGGAUUCCUAGCAAGUUUUAUGUUCCUGUUUGACUUUGCCAGUAUGGUCUGGGAGAAACAACAGGAGUCCCAGAUGAGAAAACCUGAGGCUACCAGGAGGACAGAGGCCACUGAACCACUUAAUGCUUAAGGACCUAGGGAAUAGGUGUUGCAUAAGGUAUCAGCUGCGUAAUGCCUGAGCCCUGGCACAAACUCUUGUAGAAUUUAUGUAAUGGUUAAACCACUUCUUUGGGGGAACAAGGGGAAGGGCAGGAAGGCACUUUUAUCAAUAUUGGACUCUGUGUCAGUCACCACAAAUUAGGCCAGAGAACUUUUUGUUUCAAAAAAAUAUAUAUUUAAAUAACAGUUAAAACUUCUGUCAAAUGAAAUGGUUUUGUUUCUGUUUCGGAGGACAGUUGUUUCUUUAAAUCACAUAGCUCAACUGAUGAUCUUUUAUUCUGUCAUUGAAAUACCCAGGCUUUACUGUAUCUCACUCAGCCUUAAAAUUAUAUUGUAAUGUUUUAGGAUAAUUAUUAUUAACUCUUUCUGAGACCUUUUCUAGCAUAAUAGAAACUGUAUGGGAGGUGUUGUUAUUUUAUACUUAGAAAAGAAACAAUAUCAGAAACCCUAUGUUUAUACUGCACUUUGUUGUUGAUAAGUGAAAAAAAAAAAAGAUUUUUUAUAUAAUAUAACACACAGAAAAAUGGAAGAAACUCUCAUGGCUAAGGACCAAAGAUAAAAAAAGAUACACUUCUUGAACAAUACAGUGAUUAUUAAAAAUAGGCUUCAACUGCUUACCACUGUCUGAAGAGAUAAGUUCAUACUGGGAGCUAGGAAUUCGUCCAUUCCCCUGUUGAUAUAUGGCUCUUCCUACCGAAGUUAAUACAGCUGUAUCAGUCUGUUCAGCGUUUUCUUUGAAGCCUACCCUCUUUUCAAAACCCCAGCUUUUGAUUUUUCAUCUAUUUGAGAUUCUCCCUUUUCUCUUUAUCCACAUGGUCCAUACACUGUUUCAUCAUCUGACAGGAGUCUCUGGCCGAUGGCGGUUGUCUUUAGGUAGUCCAAACUUUGGGGCCCUUUUAACUGCACAGAGUAUGCAGCGGGAUCUUUAGGUUUCUUGUUCCCACGUCGGGGAUUACUCUGACUUCUCUUUGAGGGAGACCUUCUUAAGGAAGUAUCUAGCAAAUCCUGUCCAGGUUAACCCUGAGGAUGGUGUAAGGGGCAGCCCAGCCAUUCCGCUUCAGACUCGUUCUGAUCGUUUGCAAGAAUGUCCUCUUGCUGGCAGGCUGUCUUAGAGCCAGCUGGCCAGGGCACUUGGUCCUUUCUGAGCAGUAGAUCUUUCUUGUCCUCCUCUUAGAAUUUUGACUCAGGACUCUGGUGUGAAGGCAGUAAGCCCACGUGUCAGGUACUUCAGGACUUUGGUGGAAGUCUCCGGGGCUAGGUGGACUCCUUCUGAAGGAGUGGAAUCGUGUUCCCACUGAGACCAUUUAAUGACCCUAUCCGUUUGAAAUUUCUCAUUUGUGUGUGUGGAUGUGGCAGGUGCGGUGGUCAGAGUUCAGCAGCACGGCCUCCCACGGCUGCUGCCCUCUCUUGAUGACUCAGGACUGUAUCCAUUUGUUCCCAAGUUUGGAUGCUAGUGCCCGUGGUGCUGUCACCACUACCCGCCUAGGGGAUAAUGAACCCGAUCACGGAUGCUGUCUUUACUGGGCGUACCAUCCACGAGAGGAGAAAUAGCUUGGGUCCUGGGCCCAAGAAUGAAGAGUGGUUCGAAGAUAAGUAGCGUAUGGUCAGCAAGUUCUGGAAUUUCACCCCUGACUGUACACUGUCAUUUUAAAUAUCAUCCAGACCCAGCUGGGCUUUCACAGCAAACCAUCCGGGCUACCUCAGGGUCCCCACGCGUGCACGGGCUUCGUUAAGUUUGAUGGGACGUGUCCCAGCUGGCCGCCUCCGUACAGCACGUCGGCAUCGAGCCGCAGCGCUGCUCGCUCUGAGGCUUGGCUUGCGUCUCUUUUAUUGGUGCAGAAGUGGGCCUCUUAGCUGCCACUUAACCUUCCCUUUGCAGAAAGAUAAUGUAUUUGCUGGUAUUUUGGGUCCCUCUGGAACUUUUCUUCAUCCUGUUCUCUAUGGGACCCAUGACUGAUUGGCCCCCCUCUUCUAUUGUAGAAGGAAUUCCAGUAAAAAGACCACGUGGUGAAUAAAAAAAGUUCAAGGAAAACUUGGGACCAAAACCCCUUUGAUGUCCGAAAAAGGGCAAACUCAAUAAACUGAAAUGUCACAUAAUUUUUUAUUAACAGCCAUGUUAGAUUUGUUAUAUUUUAUACAAAUAAACUGUUUAAAAUGGUUCUUAAAGAUUUUAAGAGAAAAUGCAUACAAUGUAAGAAUUUUAUAACUGCCAUACUUAAAUUAUGUUCUGCUUGGGGACUGGGAAAUGUAUUUUUACAUUGUUUGUAGCCAAUCGCUUUUGUAUUUAUCAAUUUAAGUCCUGUGGGUCUUUUUUCUUUUUUUUUUUUUAUCUCCCUCAAUGUCAAAUUUUGUAGUUUUCUUUUUAAAUAAAUCCGUUUUAUUGUCUACA